CUGGCAACACUGCAGAAUAUUUUUCAUAUGGAAGUAAUUUUGUUGUUUUAGACAAAGUUUUUAUUGCAAAUUGAAUUUGAAGGACGCAUGAAAAUUUGAAGAUGUUUAAUGGAAAUAAAUUUAUAAUUUUUGAACAAGUUUUAGAUAAUAAUACUUACUUUUAAAUCAGAAUUUGGAAAAUAUUAUAGUAACAGUAUAUACAAAUUAUGCAAUUAGUUUGUUUACUGAAAUGCAACAUGAUAUAUGAAUUAUAGUUUUGACUUAUGAGUUAUUGCAUAUUGAAAUUUGUAAAUUAUUAAUGAAAUUAAAAAAUAAAGAAAAAUCAACAAAUGGAAAAAACUUAUUGAAGAUUAUGGCUACUAGAAUAACAUUUUGGCUGAAUUUAUGAAAAACUUUCUAGGAAAUUGUGCAACUGUAUCAGAAAAGAAAUUUGUCAAAGUAAUCCAUUGAUCAAGAUACAUAUCAUAUGGAAUUAUGGGUACAUCAUCGGAAGAUGUUCUUUUAAUGGUUAACCAUGUUCGCUAUAACAAAAAUGAUGGAACUCUGUAUUUAAUGGCAGAAAGGAUUGCUUGGAUGCUAGAAGGAAAAGAUACUUUUUCUGUCAGUUUAAAAUAUGCUGAUAUUAAAAUGCAGAAAAUUUCUCCUGAUGGGAAAUCAAAAGUUCAAUUACAAGUAUUAUUGCAUACUGGAAGUGCAACUACAUUUCAUUUUACCAAUCCAUUAGGACAGGAAUAUCAAUUAAAAGAUCGCAAUGAAGUGAAAGAACUCUUGCAACAAUUAUUACCAAAAUUUAAACGAAAAGUUAAUAAGGAACUAGAAGAAAAAAACAAAAUAUUGCAAGAGGAUCCUAUUCUGUUUCAACUAUAUCGAGAUCUGGUAAUGAGUCAAGUGAUAACAGCUGAAGAAUUUUGGUCCAAUCAUGCGGCUAAAAGGCAAAGUAAUAAUAAAGAAGGUAAUGAACAACAAGAAGUAGGUGUGUCUGCAGCAUUUUUAGCAGAUAUUAAACCACAAACAGAUGGCUGUAAUGGUUUAAAAUAUAAUAUAACUGCUGAUAUCAUAGAAUCAAUAUUUAGGACAUAUCCAGCAGUUAAAAAAAAGCACAUGGAAAAUGUUCCUAACAAGUUAUCAGAAAGUGAAUUUUGGACACGUUUCUUUCAAUCUCAUUAUUUUCAUAGAGAUAGAUUAAGUCUUGGAACAAAAGAUAUUUUUACAGAAUGUGUUAAAUAUGAUGAGCAAGAUAUCAAAAAUGCAUUAAAAGAUGGCAUUCAAGAUCCUUUUGUAGAUGUUACUAAUUUUGAAGACACAAAUUUAGACGAUGGUUAUGGAGUUAAAACUGCAGAUGUCGUUCAAUCAAGUAUUAAUGCUAAUUUAUCUAUGAUUCGUCGUUUCAAUCAUCAUUCUAUGAUGGUUCUUAAUUCAACUUGUCAAAAUAAUCAAGCUUCAUUAGCAGUGAAUAGUAAAUCAAUAAAUAAUUCAAAACUCAAUGAAAAUGAGAAAGAUGCGAAACAAACUUUCAAUAACAGUAGAGAACCAACUGAUUUAGAACAACACAGAAGUAUUAAAAAAAUAAGAUUAGAAGAAAAGAUUCAGUAUGAAGAUCUUGGUAAGGAUCAAGGCAGUCAGUCUGCUUCUCUGAAUUUAGCAAAGUGUGACAGAUACAUCCAUGGUCCUACUCUAGUCACAGAUUCUAUUUAUUUUACUGAUGAAGAAAUUAGACAAUCCACUUUGUAUCAAUGUAGACUAAUAGCAAAUUGGAAUCCAUCAUUAUCAAAUGUUCAGUUAUCACAACCUGCUACAGCUGCACUUGGAGAAUUAUCACCUGGUGGAGCAAUUAUGAAAAAUUCUCAUCAUAUAUCAAUAAAAGAUACGAUAAGUAUAGAAAUUCAGCAAGAAUUACAGCAGUUAUAUAUUGCUCUAUGUGAAUUAAUUCGACAUUUUUGGCAGUGUUUUCCUACCACCACUUCACAAUUAGAAGAGAAGGUAAUUCGAAUGCAAUCUACAUUGGAAAGAUUUGAAGUUUCAAAAAUACAGCCUUUCAGAGAACGUCUGCUCAGAGAACGUUAUAAUUUGGGUCUGACUGACCAUAUGAUAAAUAUGUUAAGAGCUGCAUAUAGCAAAUUUGCAACUUGGCAAGGAAAGAGGAUUAGCAUAAUCAAGAAAUAGUUUAUUAACCAGUUUGAAUAUUUGAUGCCAUUUGGCAUUUUUUUUACACUGUCGGCAAAAGAAUUAUGUCAAUGGCUGAAAAACUUUUUGUACAUUUUUGUAAUUUAUUCAUUAAAGUUUUUUAAUUUGA